UUUACGCAGCAUUGUAUUCAGUAGUUACCUCACACCUCGAACGAUUCGCACCUGCCAAGACUGCUGUCUGCAUCGUUGCCAUCCACAGCAUGAACAGGCACAGGUGCGAUGGCUCAUACGUGCUUACGCUUGCUGCGAUAUGCAUCAUUCUGAAAACAAGUCAGAGUUUUUCAGCUACACCAGCAUACAACGACAUGCCCUGCGACACAGAUCAAGAGACAUGUACAACCGAGGCCUGCCACAAGAGAGCUCGAUUGAUACGGAAACUGUUGAAUCACAGUACACAUCCGUGCGAUGACUUCUACAGCCACGUGUGCGGAAAUUGGAUGCGUCACCACCCAGUGCCAGAUGACAGGAUUCGUUCCGGUGUCAUGGACAACAUCGAAGAGCAAGUCCAGUUGGACAUCCGAAAAAUCCUGGGGCGGUAUGUGGUCGGAAGUGACCGGAAGAAUAUUACCGACAAGGUGGUCACUGCCUACCGGAACUGCAUGAACCGAACGGCCAGUGUCAGAGAUAGCUUUGGAGUUUUGCGCCAACUGAUGCGAAAUGUUGGGCUGGAAACGUGGCCCAUAUGGACUCCCACAAACAGCACCCCCAACUGGACUGAUAUUACUGCAAGGAUUUUGUUAGAGGCGGACAUAAGGGUUCUACUCUCGGUUGACGUACAGAGGGAUCCUGAGAAUUCGAGUCUCGUCGUACUUAGCCUGGAUCCCCCUGUAAGUGUAACGGGAUUACACGAUGAACCUAUGAUGGCUCUGCGGAACGGAACAAGUAAACUCUCUCCAGCUACCAUGGCAUACAUCAAGCUUAUCUCAAACUCUAUAUAUGCAUUCCACUUAAACGCAAGUGUGCAUGAUGUGGCGAAGAUUGUACUGGACGUCAUCAGAUUUGAAAAGAACAUCUCAGAUAUAAAAAAUGCCACCAAAAAGAACAAAGUCAUCAAAGAUGAUUUUACGCGAAUGAACAUCUCAGACCUGAAGGAAAGGUUUCCAAGCUUCGAAUGGUUGGACUACUUGAAUCGCAUCUUCAAUGAAGUAAAUAUCACCUUACAAGAGGAUCACCAAAUAAUCGUCAGCGGACUGGACUACAUCGAAGCACUCCUGAAUCUGGUGAAUAGUGUCAACAGGAGCAGUAUACACAACUAUAUAGGUUGGCGAAUGGUUCGGAGCUUCGGGCCAGUGGCUGUUCCAGCGCUCGGUAGGAUGGCAUUCAAUCUGAGCCGAGCUACGUAUGGUGUGACAAAGCGAGCGGCUCGAUGGCGAAGAUGCCUCGGAUCUGUGGGAAGCUCAUACGGUAUCGCGCCUGACGUCAUUGGACGCCUGUACAUCGAGAACAAGUUUCCCAAGCACGCCAAAGAUGAUAUGGAACUUCUGGUUGAAGAACUGAGACUGGCUUUCCUGAGCAGCCUCAAGCAGAGUGAUUGGAUGGAUGCAGAGACCUUGCAGCACGCCACAAAGAAGCUAAAUAUGAUGCUUUCCUUCAUGGCCUAUGACAAUCGACUACUAAACAACACGUACCUCGAAGAGCUGUUCAGUUUGGUAGGAGACGUGACUCUAGGAAUGCCAUAUAUUAGCAGUUACCUCGAUUUUAGAAGGAACAAUAUUCGCAAAGCUUUAUUAGACCUUGGGAAAACGUCCCUGAGAAACGAAUCAGGCGUUGGAAACCCCACAGUGGUCAACGCGUACUAUUAUCCUCAGACAAACUCCAUCAAAUUUCCUGCUGCCAUUCUCCGGCCUCCGCUGUACGAGUACGGGUUGCCAAUGAACCUCAAUAUGGGCGCCAUUGGAUCCGUGAUUGGUCAUGAGGUGACACAUGCCUUCGACGACACAGGAAGCCAAUUUGACGCAGAAGGUAACCUCCGUGACUGGUGGACUGCAGAAACCAGAGCGAGGUUUGAAAAGAAAGCGUAUUGCUUCGUCGACGAGUACGGUGAUAUUUUCGACGACAGUGCCAGCACAAAGCUCAAUGGAAACAAGUCUGAAGGAGAGAACAUUGCCGAUAACGGUGGCAUCAGGCAGGCAUUCUAUGCGCAGAAAAACCAUCUCGCCAGGCACAACAAAAGUGGGGUUGUCCUUCCAGGGCUUACACACAUCACAUCGGACCAACUUUUCUUCAUUUCAGUAGCACUGGUUUGGUGCACCAAUUCCAGGAAAGAACAGCUCGUGAGCCAGAUCAAGUACGAUUCCCAUUGCCCUCCCAGAUACAGGGUCAACACGUCGCUGAAGAACCUUGAAGAAUUUGCCAAUGCUUUCAGAUGUUCACGAAACUCAACGAUGAACCAGAAACGCAAGUGCAUCCUUUGGUAACUAGCAACUACGCCUCUAUGUGUAAAUUCUUCAAUAAAAUGACAACAUGC